GAGGCCAGCCAGUGAGGCCGGCUUUUCCCUGUGUUUUGAUCGUCACGAAUGGCUGCUUCACGUGCGCUCACAGAAGACGAUAUUCCUGGAGCUUCUCUUCGAGGUAGAUCGCCUGCCACGCUAAAAAAUGAAGAACUUCGUUUCUGGCUGAAAUGUAGGGGCGAUACAUUGAAAGGACUGAAAACAAAAGCACAAUUAGUGAAAAGGGUUGAGGAAUAUAUCAAAGAAGGUCGUGAUCAAAAUAUAGUAGAUCCGGAUCCUGACUCCGUAUAUACAAAGCGCAAGGAACGCUUGGAUAAAAACAAAGAUGACAACUCCGGAAUUGCCGCAACUCAGCAUCCUUUGAGUUUCCCAUCAGAUGGCUGGUCUGCAGACAUACGGCGGAUGCCCUUUUUUACCCGCGCCGAAAUGAAUGACCACAUUUCAAAGUCUGGAAAAAGAAUUGAUCCGACAAGUAAAGCCCAUUCAGUGCCAACGAGUAUUCGGAAAGCGACAACUUUUCUGAAUGACGAAUAUUUGAAGGGUAUCUCCGCAGCAAGCGAUGACAACUACUUUUAUUUCCGGUCUCACUGCUAUCACAGUUUUCGGAAGAAUGAUGCCCCACACAACUUGAAAGUCGCAUUGUGCAUUUUAAGUGGGGAAGUGAAACAUGCUACAUGUUCCUGCGUUGCUGGGAAGGUUGGUUUUUGUAACCAUAUAUUAGCACUCUUGAUGAAGAUUUGCAAAUUCUCAUUAUAUGAAUGUAAAACUGUCCAUGAACUUGAAAACGAAGAAGACAUGCAGCCAAAGCAAGCAUGUACUUCCUCUUUACAGAGGUGGCAUAGGAAGGGAAGAGGAGACUCUAUAAAUCCACAACCAGCAAUGGAGGUGCUUGUAGCAAAGACCUACCUGGAGCAGCCCAGAUCAUCAGCUCGAGAACCUGGUGUCAGAUGUACACUAUAUGAGGCAAGGAAUAAUAUACGGGGGCAAAAGGCAGAUGAAGAGAAACUAUUGGCAACCUUGAAAGAAUUGAACCCAAAUAUGGCCCUAGCACAGAUUAUGACCCCAAAGGCUGAUUCUAUUCCCUUAGUAGAAACCAAAUUUGGCAGAAGUCCACAAGGCUCGUAUGCUAGCUAUCAACUUGCAGUGACCGAAGAUAAUUUCAAAGUGUUUUGUGACAUCACGUCUAUCCGAAGGGCAAACCCUGCCAACCAUGGUGAGCAUAUUGUGACAUAUCCAAGAUUUCCCCUAUUAAGUCAGUCUAAUGAACAGUUUGAGAUACCUGCUGAUCUUUCAGAAGCAGAAAAAUCACUGUUAAAGGAUCUGCAAGUUGAUGAAGAUAAACUGAAUGGCAUUGAAAUUAAAACACGCAGCCAAUCAGAGUGCCCUGAAUGGAAGUUGGAAAGGAAAUUCCGAUUUACUGCCUCCAAUUUUGGUCUUAUACGGGACAGAAAAAGAAACCAUGAAUCUUUAGUACAAAAUCUUAUAAAUCCAAAGCCUUUUUCAUCAAGAUAUACUAAUCAUGGACUUAAAUAUGAGCCAAUUGCCUUAGAACAAUACCAAAAAUAUAUGUCCUCUAUUAACAAGUCAGUGAAGGUUUUUAAGUCAGGACUUGUAAUAAGUAUGGAUGCCCCAUACUUGGGUGCAUCACCAGAUGGCAAGGUUAUUGAUCCUGGAUGCUCUGAUCAAUUUGGUCUUUCUGAGGUCAAGUGCCCAGAAACCAAGUACUUAGUCACCCCACUGGAUGCAUGCUCUGAUAGCAGCUUUUUCAUGGAAGAAGUUGAUGGAAAGCCUAAACUUAAACGCACCCAUAAAUACUAUGUCCAAGUGCAAGGGCUGAUGGGUGUGACCGGGGCAAAGUGGUGCGAUUUCAUCGUCUACACUAGUAAGGGAAUGAGCAUCGAGCGAAUUCCAUUUGACGUGCAAUUUUGGAACAAUUUAAAGGACACAUUGAAACUGCAUUAUUUUAAACACUUCCUAGCUAUAGCAGCUAGAGAACCAAGAGCAUAAGGCAAAGUCACUGUUAUUAUAAUAUGCAUGUUUACUACAUGGUGAGCCCCUAUUUGGGACAUUUAAACAUCAAAACAAUUAACUACUGUUAUACAAUCAUUAGGUUCAUGAGGCUCUGGA